AUGAUAGAGUCAGCUACAUCAGCUAACGAAAUUUAUUUAGCUUCAUCAUCUUCAUCUCCAUCUGAUAGCAAUAAUGAAUAUGAUACAAUAUCAACAACAACAAAGAAUAAAAGAUUAUCUACUAAUAUUUUAACCAACAACAACAACAACAACGAACCAGCCAUUAAUAUAUCGUCAACAUGGUCUUUACCACCAAUAAAUAAUAUUAAUAAUAAUAAUAAUAAUACUACAACUAUUACUACGACUAGUACUAGUACUACUACUACUACAACAUCAAUUAAUUUAGAAAGAAUAGAUACAGUAAGAGGUGAAUUAUCAAUAGAUCAUCCUCUUCAAUCACCUAUAAAUGUUACUGCCACACAGGUAGUUGCCGAUUUAAAUGAAAACCAAACCAUUAAUAUUAGAGCUAGCACUGAUCCUUCUAUUUUAAUAGAGUAUGAAAAAAUCAAUCUAUACUAUACUAUACAAUACUCUUAUAUAAUCAUUGUUUUAACUCCUUCUUUCUCUAUUCUCUUUAGACAAAAUAAUAAGAGUUUUUCAUUAGGAGGUAAUUUAAAAUCAAAUAGACAAGGUAGAUUGAUUGAACAUUUUUUAGUGAUUGGACUUUCAUCUGAAAACAAGAUCGAUCCAAAUGACAAGAUAUCACAUGAUGGAAAAGUGUUGUAUUCCUAUCCACCCGACUAUGUAUGUGAUCCACAAGUAAUUAGCUUUUGUUUUCCAGAUGGUAUCAAAUUGCUUCAAGUUCAUAGAAGAAAUUCAUUGACAGAGAUUCAUGCUGUACUCUUUAAAUCAUUGUCACAACUCGAAGGUAGUGAUACAUCGUUUAUGUUUUUGGUUACUGGUGGUGAAGAAAUGCUCUACGCUGCAUGUGUACUAAAUACAGAACCAGUAGAUGAGCUUCCUUGUUUUUGUCCACCAAAAUCAAAUGACAAAGAGGAAGAGCUCUCCUCCUCCUCCUCCUCCUCUUCCUCUUCCUCUUCCUCCAACCCAAGAGAAGAAUAUGCAAAGAGUAAAGUUUGUGUAUUUGCACCAAGAUGUUAUUGUGUGCUUAGUAAAUUCCCAUUCUUUAAAGCUCAUUUUGAUUUCAUUUACUCUAUUCUUGGCAAGGAGAGAUUAAAUAGAAUCAAUUCAAUUCUAGAGAAACCUCCUGUCCAAUCACACAACAAGAUGCUUUCAAUGACAUCUACCAAUGAUUUGGGUAAAUUUAAAGAUAACAGUAAAAAACCACUUCCACCCUUACAACAACUUACCAAUACUACCAUCAUAUCAAAAGAACAACAACAACAACAACUACUACAGCUUCAACAACAACAACAACAGUCUCCAACAUCAAAAAGUACUAUGGCAAGAUUAGGAAUAACCAAACCAUUACCACCAAUACCUAGUUACCUUGUUUCAACGCCGACUGUUGGUAUAUCACCACUAAAUGUUAGUCCAUCUGAUUCUCCAACCAUCAAUCCAGACAGUAUUGAAACUCUUUCACUCAUAUCAAAAAAUCAACAAGCCAAACAAAACAGUAGCCAUCAUUCUAGAUCGUAUUCGUCGCCACACCAUAAACUGCCUACAUACACUUCCCAAACACAAUUACUUAGAACCCUAGGUAAUUCUAGUAUAAAAGGAAGUAGUGGUAGCAUAACUAGUAGUAGUGGAGGCAACACUAGUUUAGCAGCAUCAACAAACAGCGCAUCAUCCUCUUUUAUUGAUUUUUCAGCCAUUUUAGAAUCAUUAAAUAAUAGCAGCAACGAUGACUCUUCUUCUCCCUUUUCGGCAUCAGCCGAUGGCGAUGGUACUAUUGCCAGUAGUAGUAAUAGUAAUAUUAUUAAUAACAGCGGUUUUAAUAAUUCAUCACCACCUAUACAAUUUGGAGACUAUUCAUCUGCUUCACCUAUUGUUUCAACAAACGAUCUCAUUGUUGUUGCCGAUGAUGAUGAUGAUGAUGAUGAUGAUGAUGAUGAUGAUGAUGAUGAUGAUGAUGAUAAACAACAAAUCACAGAUCAAAAAAUCCACUUUUCUGAACACCUAGAUAAUCCACUUAAUAAUAGUAAUAAUAGUAACAAUAGUAAUAAUAGUAAUAGAAGUUUAAUUGAUAGUAGUCCAUUGAUUCGUGAUAAAACAACACCAUUACUUCCAGAAAGUAUUGGUCUAGAGAUGGGAACAACAGUAGAGGAGUUUGAAAUUAGAGGUUUAUCAAAUACAACAUCACCAAGAAAAGGAAAACCCCUACCAAAGAUUCCUGAAAAGAAUGGAAGUAUAGAAAAUAGUAAUGGUAGUAUGACAAUGGCUGAAUUAAUUUCACCAAUAACUGCUCCAAGUCAUCCACCAUUGUUACAAAUUUCAUCACCAACAAUGAUUUCUAAUCAUCCAUUAUCGUUGGAUGAUCAUAGCCUUGCCCCACCCAGUGCUGUUGCUGCUCCUCCUCUUGUAACACCAAGGACCAAAGAAGGAAAACAAAAAGAAUUGGCGUUGGAAGAAAUAGAUAUAAUUCAUUACUAUUGUACUUUGAUGGUACCAAGAGAAAACCAAAAGUUGAUUGUCAAACCACCAGGAGACAAUCAACAAUUGACCUACGAAGCAGGUGACGACACCCUACAAAUCGAAAAUUGGUGUCUUGGUGGACUGAUGAGAACUCUUUCCAUUCGUACCAUUCUUCAUACAAUCACUUCGAUCCUUUUGGAAAAAUUUUUAAUCAUCACAUCGAAAAAUAUUGGACUCAUUUCAAACACUAUCUUUUCAUUUAUUCCACUUCUUAGACCAUAUGUUUAUCAAGGUGCUUUUAUUCCUAUAUUACCUCAAUCAACUUUAGAUGUUUUACAUUGUCCAAUUCCAUAUGUUAUAGGAGUAACAAAAAUACCAAAUGAUAUGCCAGAAGUUUUAGAUAAUUGUAUCAUUUUGGAUGUUGAUGAAAAUAAAUUAAUCUAUGGUAAAAAUUGUCAACCUUUACCAAAUUUACCAAUUGAAGAUAAAUUAGAAACAAAUUUAAAACCUUAUCAUGGACAAGUAUGGAAAGAAAAUACAAGAAAAUAUUCUUUAGAUUAUCCAUUCAAGACGGUACAAAAUGAUUUUAAAAGUAUUAGUAAAUUUUCUUUAGAGUUUAAGGCCUAUCAUAAAUUCAUCAUUGACACUGUUGCCUAUUAUAUCGAUUGGAAUAUCAAUUUUGAUUUUGGAAAAAAAGAAUACAAGGAACAAUUGAUCAAACUUUUCCAACCCCAACACACCCAAUUUAUGAAUCAACUCCUAAGUACUCAACUAUUUACAUCACAUACAGAGUUGUUAUUUGAAACGGUAAAUGAUACAAAGAAACCAAAGGAAAUCCAAUUAAACUCUUAUAAAAUUAAUAAAUUAUAA